AUUUGAUACGGAGCUGCAAAGCUAAAUUAUUUGUAAACCAAGAAAAUAUGACGGAAAAAAGUGUAAGGCAACGGCGUUUGCAAAAUAACGAUAAUAUUGGUGAAUUAAAGAAGAAUAAUAAAGAAGCUCGGAAAAAUAAAAUCGCUGCGAACAAUGAAGAGUUACGACAAGCAACCGGUUCAUUUAAACAUCGUCUAUGGACGCGGGCAGUUACUGUCAUCUCGGUGGCAGUAAUUGUCUACUUCUACAAGAUUGGUCAAACUAAUGAGACCAAGUUUGCAUUGGUUAAAGAAAAUCUAGCUUUACGCAUGCAAAAAUUUAAUUGCUCGCAGGAAUAUGAAAGGGAAAUAAAGCAAUUUCCCCAGUGUGUACCGACGAAAUGUGGACGUUUCGUGGCCGAUAAAUUAAUUGAGCCCAGUGAGGUGGAACAGCUUCUAGAGAUGGCUUCGAAUGUUAUCAAUUUGGCGGGCUCAUCAGGAGGCGCAUCUAUAUUGGAUAUUCAUUCUGGAGCAUUAUCAUAUGGUGAUAAAUUCCUUAACAUCUAUCAAAUGCCCCAAGCAAAGGAACAAAUCACUUCGGAACAUCUGAGAACAUACAAUCUGGUUAAGGGUAAAAUAAAACUAGCAAUAGCCGAACAUUUUGGCAUUGCAGCUGAACACCUGCAUCUGACAUAUCCUACAUUCUUCUCUAGAAUAACAAAUGCUACGGCCAAAACCGUGCACGAUGAAUAUUGGCAUGAACAUGUGGAUAAGGAAACCUACCCUUCAUUUCAUUACACAUCUUUAUUGUAUUUAACCAGUUUUAAUAAGGAUUUCAAAGGAGGACGUUUCAUAUUUGUCGAUGGCGAGGGGGAAAAUCGCACAACAUCGUGUGUUGAACCCAAAAGGGGAAGAGUCAGUGCUUUUACAUCGGGUUGGGAAAACAAACAUCAUGUGGAACAAGUUACCGAAGGCACAAGAUUUGCUGUAACAAUAUCUUUUAGCUGUGAUAAAAAGUUUUCCAUUAGUGAUCCAAAAAUGCCCGCGUUAAAAGAAUAAAUCUCAAUGUUAUGUGAGAAAUGAUGAGCCACUGAGGCGAACCACCGCACCAUAUAUCAAUUACUUAUUAAUGAAAGUAUUAUUUAUAACAUUUAGUUCUUAAAAUAUUAUUUGUAUACCUAUACACUUGAAAAUAUAGCAAUAAUAAAAAAUAACAACGAAAGUUGUGUACAUAA